AGCAGGGUGGAGGGAAGUUGUGAUGGGGCGGGGAGAACAAUGCAAAAGGAAAAGAGAAGGGCGGUUAGGCAGGGGAGAGCCGGGCCAGAGAAAAAUAGGAGCGUAUAGCAGAAGGGAGAAAGCAAAUCGAUUGGGAAAUGUGAAUCCGAAGGGGGUAUGGGCGGGCGCUAGGACCGUGCGUCGAGAAGAUGCGGCUUUGGUGCUACUGGGGCGCGCGCUUGCCUAGAGGUGACGCGGCCGUAGCGGAGGUCUCUCGCUGGGACGAAACACUGCAGGGAGAGGAGACUUGGCUACCUUUAGCCUCGGCUUGGCUCUUUGUGCGCACUUCUCUGCUUCCUUUUCUUCCUACUGAUCUGGGGUCGUGCUCUGGCCCACGGGCGCCCAGCCUUUCUUUAGGUCCCACUGCACCUUCCCCGCCUAGUUGCGUAUCUCUGCGCUCCCCUGCGCGCCAGUGCCGGGUGGUGGAGGCUGUGGGGGGGUCUGGCCGCUGAUUGGCUGCUGAGAGCGCGGGGCGGGGCGGGUGGGAGUCUCUCGACCUCCGCGGGCCAGCUCGUCUUUCCCGCCAUGUCGUUCGUGGAGGGUGGGCGGCGCUCGGCUGCUCUAAGCCGACGUCUCGACACCCCUGUCGCGUUUUCCCGGCCCGCGUUUUCCACUUUCACUCAGGGCGAUAGUUGGGGUGAGGGUGAAGUGGACGAGGAGGACGGUUGCGACCAAGUGGCCCGUGACCUGCGGGCGGAGUUCUCGGCCGGGGCGUCGUCGGAGCCUAGGAAGGGUUCGCUAUUCCGGCGGGACGGGGACGGGUCUCCAGUUCUCCCCGAUAAGCGCAAUGGCAUUUUCUCGGCGGUGGCGGACGACGGAGCCCAGGCUCGACGGUGGCCGGUCCAGGUCCUCUCAAUUCUUUGUUCGCUGCUGUUCGCCAUCCUCCUCGCCUUCCUCCUCGCCAUCGCCUACCUGAUCGUAAAAGAGUUGCAUGCUGAGAAUUUAAAGACUGAAGAGGACAUAGACACUGGGCUAUUAGGAUUCUGGACUCUACUUAUAAUAUCUCUAUCUGCUGGAUUCUCUUGCUGUAGCUUUUCUUGGACAGUGACUUAUUUUGAUUCUUUUGAACCAGGAAUGUUUCCUCCUACUCCUCUUUCACCAGCCAAGUUCAAGAAACUGACUGGACAUUCUUUCCACAUGGGCUAUAGCAUGGCAAUUUUGAAUGGCAUUGUUGCUGCUCUUACUGUAGCAUGGUGCCUCAUGUAAACCUACACUGAAGCAAUAUUUUUGGUAAAACUUAGUCAUGGUUGCUUUAUAACAAAGGGAAGAACAUCAUUUCAUCAUUUGUCUACUCAGAAGACCAAGAAACCUGCUGUCUGUGGUUCAGAUAUGUCAUAUCAUCAUCAUUUUGGAGGACCGUUUUGUUUUGUUUUGUGUUUAAGGACCUUUGUAAGCACCAUUCUAGAACUUAGGCAUUGAGAAUAUCUGAGUAUUAAGUUUCAAGUAAUUUCUUAAAAAUGUAAGGUGUUUACCUCGUCUUUUUACUUUCGUGUGCAUUGUCCUUAUAAAUUAUAGAAAACAUUUUAGUGGAAUUCAAACAUGAAAACUUGAAUAUGGGAUAAUGCUAUGUAUAAUACUACAUUUUUGCUAAGAAAUACUAGUGGACUGUUUAAAUGAGAUAGAAAUACUUAUUUAUUCAUGAUAUUAGAAAAGCAAACAAUGCCUACUACUUUGACAUUUUAUAGAAGCUACUUUGAAAUCAGAAUAGUUUUCAAUAGUAAUAAUCAACAGAAGGUGCAUUUAUAUUUUUUAAUGGGGUAUAAUUCCUUAUGUGUUUUUUUAAUAUAUUUUCCUACUACAUAUUGAAUUUGUAUGUUUUUAAAAUUGCUACAUCUAAACAAAUGUAUAUGUUAUUUUUUAGCUGAGGGAAGCCUAAUACCUACCAUUUUAAGUAAGUAUUUUUUUUUUUAAAAAACAAAAAACAAAAAAAAUCCCACAAAAAACAAACACAGUGAACUGAGUUUAAAAUUAAGUAAACCUAUUUUAACAAAAAAAAUCUGAUAAAAAGUAAAUUAAUUAAACCACUAAGAUAUUGAGAAAGUUGAAGUUGUUCACUAUUUCUGUUUCCACAGUUGCAAAUAUUUUUCUUGGUGUGUAUAUGAUUAUUCCAACAGAACUGAUAUUAUUUUGUUUUUAAUAAAUAUAAAUCUAAAAUUUUUAUAUUUGGAAAUGCUUGAACUACUUUGUUUUUAGUCGCAAAGAUUUAGUUAACAAAAUAGAAAAGGUAUUUUGAUAAUGUAUAUAUGUAUAAUCUUUUUAUAUAUGUUUCAUAAUUUUCAUAUUUAAAUGUCCUACAAUUGUGUUUGUUUUUAUAGUAGUUAUCCUUAUUGUUCCUACUUCUUUUCUAAAUACCUGUUUAGAAAUUUGCUUCAAUUUUAGAAAGAUGGGCUAUUUAAAAUGCUGUGUUCCCUGGCCAUAGAAAAAUUUAUAUUAGGAAAGCAUUGUGUAUCAAAACAACUUAUUCAGGCUAAAUGGGAAGUGAGUAUGUGCAGUGUGUUCCUGUUAUAUGCUAAGUGUUGUUACUGAGUAAAUGAUUUAAUG